AUGCCUUUAAACACAAAUGUCGACUCGCAAGAAUACGUGGAGGAAAAGGAGAAGUGGGAAUUGUUCCAGAUGGAUUUUCAGGUCGGAAUCACGUGCCUUGCUCCGCAUCGGGAACGCGAACAAGGGAAGCUCGACUUGACCGAAUCCACGCGGGAUUUGCUGGUGCAUUGUUCGGACUUAAGUCGCAUUGCCGCAGCCAGUAUUGCCCUCGAGCGCAUUGAUUGGGCCUCACUUGACUUUUCCCUUACUCUACAAUCUACCUCAGCGCCGUGCGAUAAUCCAUCCAGCACCAUAAUCGCGUAA